AUGCGCGGGGGAUAUUUUCUUUUAGGGUUAGCCACCGCUGCUGCGGCCGCCUCCGUGGAUAGCUGUCCUGGUUACAAUGCCGGCGCAAUCUUGUCGUCGCGCUCGUCACUAACAGCAGACUUGUCUCUGGCUGGUGAUGUGUGCAAUGUGUAUGGGGACGAUUUGGACAAUCUCAGGUUGUUGGUCGAGUACCAGACAGACUCUCGUCUCCACGUUAAAAUCUACGACGCCGAUGAGCAAGUCUACCAGAUCCCCUCUUCCGUUUUGGAAACACCUUCCGGCCAGCAUGGCUCUUCAUCGAGCAGCUCUGACCUAGUCUUCUCGUACACCACAAACCCGUUCACAUUCGCUAUCCAGCGGCGCUCCACCCAGGAGACCCUGUUCAAUGCAAGCGGUCUGAUUUUUGAAAGCCAAUACGUCCGUCUGCGCACGUCUCUCCCCGAAAACCCAAACAUUUACGGGCUAGGCGAAGAUUCGGAUUCUUUCAAGCGUCAGACCGUCGAUUAUACGCGCCCGUUGUGGAACAGAGGCGCCGCCUUUUUACCCCCGCUUCAGAGUCUAUAUAGUAGCCACCCGAUCUACAUUGAGAUGCGCGAUGGCCAAGCCCACGGCGUAUUCUUGUCGAAUAGCAACGGAAUGGAUAUCAAGAUCAACAAGACCACACAGGACGGGCAGUAUCUCGAGUACAACACCAUUGGUGGCGUGCUUGAUUUCUAUUUCCUAUCCGGGCCUGCGCCAGCGGAUGUGGCCCGCCAAUACGCCGGAGUUGUUGGAACGCCCGCUGAGCAGUCCUACUGGACAUACGGCUUCCACCAAUGCAAGUACGGCUAUGAGGACGUCAUGAUGGUCGCCGAAGUCGUCUACAACUACUCACAGGCGAAUAUCCCACUAGAAACAAUGUGGACAGAUAUCGACUAUAUGGACCUGCGCCGCCCCUGGACGCUUGAUCCAGAGCGGUUUCCACUACACAAGAUGCAGGAGCUGGUGACGUAUUUACAUGACCACCAACAACAGUAUAUCUUGAUGGUAGACCCGCCAAUAUCUAUAAACGAUACCUCCUUGUAUGCCACGGCAAAAGAGAAAGGCCUAUUUAUGAAGUGGGACAAUGGGUCUGACUUCGUCGCUACCAUGUGGUCCGGUGCCGCCUCAUAUGUAGAUUUUUUCAACCCCAAUGCAAUGGAUUUUUGGAGUGGCCAGAUUGGGUCGUUUUUUGAUGAUGAAUCCGGUGUCGGCGUGGAUGGCAUGUGGAUAGAUAUGAACGAGCCCGCAAAUUUCUGCACAUACCCAUGCUCCAACCCUAUUCAAAUUGCCAUUGAAGGUGGUAUUCCGCCCGCACCACCAGCGGUGCGUACGACCUGGGACUCUCUGCCUGGGUUCCCUGCCGACUUUCAGCCACCAUCGACAUCAUCUCGUCGACUGAGUACGAGAAGCACGGGCAACAUGACCGGGCUCUCUGGCCGUAACUUUGCCAAUCCGCCCUAUAUACCAGCAACAGGUGACGGAACACUAAACGCGGGCACUGUAUACCCCGAAGUACGGCAAUACGACGAUUAUACUAUGUAUGACACGCAUAAUCUCUAUGCUUCGCAGAUGAUUGCGCACUCGAGACAGGGCUUACUCGACCGCCGUUCAUCGGAGCGCCCUUUUAUCAUCACUCGCAGCAGCUUUGCGGGGGACGGCGCAAAAACCGGUAAAUGGACCGGUGACAACGCAUCGACAUGGGCCAACUAUCUCCUCUCGAUCGUGCAGCACAUGGAAUUCGCAUCAAUCUUCCAGAUGCCCAUGAUCGGCACCGACGUUUGCGGUUUUAAUGACAAUACGACCGAAACGCUCUGCGCCAGAUGGGCCAUGUUGGGCGCCUGGUAUCCAUUCUACCGAAACCACGCAGACAUCAGCUCCAACUUCCAGGAAUUCUACCGGUGGCCCUUGGUAGCUGCUGCAGCCCAAAAGGCGAUUGCUACGCGGUUCCAGCUCCUCGAUUACUUCUAUACAGCCUUCCACCAGCAGACCGUUGAUGGCUCACCCACGACCAUCAUCCCACUUUUCUUCCAAUAUCCGAACGAUGCGAAUACUUUGGAUAUCAGCUAUCAGUUCUUCUUCGGCCCUUCCAUCCUCGUCUCGCCAGUGACCGAGGAAAGCCCAUCGGCGACGGCGACGGCAACAGACUCGCAGAGCGCCACCUUGUAUCUACCCGACGAUCUAUUCUAUGACUUUUGGACGGGCGAGAAGGUCGUCGGUACUGGCUCACAGAUCACCGUCGACAAUGUCACAUACACCGACAUCCCCGUCCACGUUCGCGGCGGAUCUGUUAUCGCCCUUCGCUCCGAUGCCGACAAGGCUAACACUACGGCGCAACUGCGUACUCACGAUUUCGAGCUCCUCAUCGCUCCCGAUACCAACGGCCAGGCCACGGGGAGCCUCUAUCUGGACGAUGGGAAGAGCGUCAACCCGUCGUUUUCGAGUGAAAUAGGUUUCACUUUCGAUAAUGGUCAGUUGUCGGUAAACGGAACGUUUGGUUUCCAGACAAGCUGCCAGGUCAUUCGCGCCAGGGUCAUGGGCACAAGUUCGACCAAGAGUAGCAAUGGAUUUUCGUCGUACACGACGUUGAAGAAGGGGUUGAACGAAGGUUGGGAGGCUAAGAUCAACCAGUAG